CAUGUGUUAGGCGUAAUAUAUAAACCGGAACCGACACCUCGAACUCCCGUAGCGAAGUCGAUCGAACCGUCUCUGCUUCUCCCCUCUCGCCGCCCCUCUCUCAUCCGAAAGUCAGUCAACAACCCACCUGCGUCGCGCCCAAGGUAAUCCGCAACCAACAUGCGCGUAACCACUCUACUAGCCGUGGCCUCGGCACCCCUCGCGGCGCUCGCGGCGCCUGUGCCGGUCCCGCUGGCGGCAGUCGCGGCUCUCAUCGCGAGGCAGGGGACCUCCAAGUUCUGCGAGCGGAUCACGCCGGCGCCGUCGGCCGAGGAGACGGAGAAGCGGUUCAACGAGUUCGCGGACCUGUUCCUCGUCAAGAAGGACGUGUACAAGGCCUUUGAGUACAUCUUGCCCGAGUACAUCAACCACAACCCGCUGGCGCAGAACGGCGCGCAGAACGCGCUCAACAUCCUGGGGCCGAUCUGGGGCAGCCAGUCGAUCACGGUGCUGGCCACCAAGUUCGAGGGCCCCAUGUCGUGGCUCAACUACCGGAGCGGGUUCGGCACGAUCGUGGACCGGUACCGCUGGGAGGACGGCUGCAUCAUCGAGCACUGGGACCAAGGAGAGAGGUUCCCGGCGAAUUAGGGCGGCACAAGGGUGCGAGGGACUGCGCAGGGGGGUAGAAAUUCUAAGGAUCGGGGAUGCUGUAUCUAGAUAUACGCCAUCGCUUUUCCGAUGACCUGAAUUAGAGGCUUCAUCUUGUCGCAGAAUCGAUUCAUGAGACCUUGGGUGAACACGUGUCGCGGGCGCGUCUUGCCGUCUGAGUUGGACUCGUCGUGCCGUGGGAAUGGGCGUAGCUAAAGCAAAGAAACAGAAUAGAGUACCUAGGUCUAGUUCUAGAGACCUGGUUAACGGUGGCAUUGCGGAAGCGGGCAAGCUGGCGG